CAGCCCUGCAGAGGAGGCGGCGGCGACCCCUGGGGAUGCCAUCAAGCUGGCCCCAUCUGCAGAGGGGGACACUGCGAAGCCCCAGGCCAGCGGCACCUCAAAGAAGAAGAAGAAGAAGUUUACCUUGAAGACACAUUCAAGUUCACCCUGACCAAGAAGAGCAAAGAGUCAACUGCCGCAUCGGAGGAGCACGUGGCCCCAGGGCACGAGGCCCCCACAGAUUCCUCUCCAGAGUCCAAGACCCCCGCAGACCCCACCCCAGAGUCCGAGACCACAGCAGACCCGACCCCGGGGCCCAAGGCCCCCGCAGACCCCACCCCAGAGUCUGAGACCACAACAGACCUGGCCCCGGGGCCCAAGACCCCCGCAGACCCCACCCCAGAGUCCGAGACCACAGCAGACCCGACCCCGGGGCCCAAGAACCCCACAGACCCCACCCCAGAGUCCGAGACCACAGCAGACCCAACCCUGGAGCCUGAGACCCCUGCAGACCCCGCCCUUUUACAUCUUAAAACACUUUUACAUCUUAAUCUGCAUUCCCUCUUUUGAGGAGGUUUGUGCUUUGUGCCAAGCAACAUUUUAUAGAUAUUGGCCAUAAUAUUUCUUUACAUGCAUUGCUUUCUUUAUUGAUAGCACAUCUAAGUUGCGAGUCUGUUGAGGCAGAUGCCAUUUAUGAAAUGUAAACCUCGGUCAGCGUUUUGUUUGUAUAUUCAUGUUGCUGGUUUCAGCUUCAUUUCACCAAUAAUGAGUUUGCUG